AUGGCAAAAAUAUCUAGCCCUACAGAGGCUGAAUGGUGCAUCGAGUCUCUGAUUGCUGUUUUCCAAAAGCAUGCUGGAAGGGACAGUAACAACAGCAAACUCUCCAAGGCCGAGUUACUUAUCUUCAUGAAUACAGAGCUGGGUGCCUUCACAAAGAACCAGAAGGACCCUGGUGUCCUUGACAUCAUGAUGAAGAAGCUGGACCUCGACUCUGAUGUACAGCUAGAUUUCCAAGAAUUUCUUAAUCUUAUUGGUGGCCUCGCUCUAGCAUGCCAUGACUCCUUUAUUAAAAACACA